AUGGGUAAACCGAGAUUGAUCAUAAUCAUUCGCCAUGCCCAAUCUGAGGGCAAUCGGGACAAAACUAUCCAUCAAACGCUCGCAGAUCACAAGGUUGGCUUGACUCCUGAAGGUCAUCAACAAGCUCUGGAGGCUGGCGAAAAGCUUCGCGCUUUACUGCGUCCCGAUGACACUCUGCACUUCUUCAUAUCUCCUUACAGGCGAACCAGAGAGACUACAGAAGGGAUAUUGACUGGCUUGACUUCAAAUGAUCCUGCACCUUCACCUUUUCAACGGUCCUAUAUCAAAGUCUAUGAGGAACCCAGGUUGAGAGAACAGGACUUCGGCAAUUUUCAACCUGGAUCGGAGGAGACCGAGAGAUUAUGGCGGGAACGAGCCGAGUAUGGCCAUUUCUUCUACCGGAUCCCCAACGGGGAGAGUGGUGCCGAUGUUUAUGACCGAGUAUCUUCAUUCAAUGGUUCUUUAUGGCGACGCUUUUCAGAAGACAACAUGGCAAGCGUUGCAAUUCUGGUGACGCAUGGGCUAUGUAGCCGUGUCUUCUUGAUGGCAUGGUACCACUACAGUGUGGAGUUCUUCGAAGAUCUUCGGAAUAUCAACCACUGCGAAUUUCUGGUCAUGAAGCACAGCCCAAAUGGGAGAUACGUGUUGCAAAAUCAACUACGCACGUGGUCGGACCUUAAGAGGGAAAGAGCCGCCAAGAAACAAAGUGUGUCAUCCCCAACGACGGUAGAGCCCAUACCUGUCAGACGCUGGGCAUCUCAUCGAACGGCACAUGAUCCAUCAGGCGUCACCUUCUCGCCACGCCCAGAAAGAAAAAACACAGCUGAUAUGUUCAAGGACGAUGUUGACAUUAGGGAGGAGUCAGAAGAAGGCAGGGCCAAUGGAUCUCGUGGUCAGGAAAACAAGGGCAAGGAAAUUCGUCGGAGUUCAAGUAAGGAUAACCAGAGCUCGAGAGUUAGGUCUUCAAGUAAUCUACGAAAUUCGAUUAGCGCCCUCGCUCUGGACACUGGAAAGAGGAAUCAAUCCUCUGGAUUGAAAUCAUACUUGGGCCGAGAUGGUGGUGGGUCGAGAUCCGGGGCGGGCUCUCCUUUUGGAUCAGGAUCGGAUGAGGAGAGCUUUGAGGGGACACCACAACCCGAGGCUCUCGCCACAUCAUUCGAGUCUGGGAAACAUCAGUUCUCAACAUCAUUGGCACGUGCUUUACGGGGCGACUUUGAUGAUCCUAAUCGACCACUUGCUGAUGCGUUGGGCGAUCAGAGUGAUGCCGAAGUAGAUGAAGCCGACCUUGAGAUGGGAACCAAAGAACGAGAGGAGAAGGAAAUGGAACAGAUCAUAGAGGAUGAGAUACGAGAGAGAAGACUCAGCACUGUGAAGUAUUGA